UCUACCCGCCACAUUAUCAAGUUAUAAACUUUCCGCAACAGUUCAAUUCCAAAAACAUAUUCGAUAGGAACGAAAACAGAUCUUUUGAGAUGGCUGCUGAUCCGGAUUUUGACACAAAAAAUGGAAUUGUGGACGGCCAAACACCUCCGCACUCCGAACUGGCUGCCCUCUAUAAGCAGAGCUUUGCCUACUAUACUUUUCGUGUUCGUCUGCCCUCGACCUUGGCCACUAUAGCAGAUUCUUUGGUCAAGGACAAGGACAACCUACUAGCCACAUAUGGUGCAGAAGCAGGCGCCGAUAUUGAACAAACUACAAAGGAUGUUACACAGCUGCGGGAGGACAUCCUUAGCAAUGGUCCUUUGUUGCCCUUUGAGGGGCAGGAUUCCGACACUCAACUGUGGAACGCAUUCCUGCAGAAACUGCCUAAGGAGAAGAGAAACUACUUUUCAACAUGCUGGCUCUAUGCUGAGUGCUAUAUGUAUCGCAAAAUCUCAUCAAUUUUCCGGGCUACGUCUUGUUUGUCCGCCCAUGAUUAUUUCAGCCAGCAGAAACAGACGGCAGCUAAGCUGAGCGUGGAUGCCAUGCUGGCGGUAGCCAAGGCUACCAGGAAUAAUGAACGAAACUCAGAUACCUUCCGGCAGCUAAUCAAACUGAAUCUAUGGGGCAACCGCUGUGACCUGUCUAUCACUUCCGGCAAGCAGGUGAAGCCUACUGGCAAUGCCUUUGACCAGGUCACGGACCUGGAGGAGAAGCUGCUAAUUGACGGAACGGCAGAGGUUUGGAAAGCUCUCGAAGGAGCUUCUAGCGAGGGUAUUGUAGACAUCAUUUUCGACAAUGCCGGCUAUGAGCUGUACACCGAUCUCAUCCUUGCCGAGUACAUCAUCGACAAGGGUCUGGCGGCCAAGGUGCGCUUUAACCCAAAGGCUAUUCCCUGGUUCAUAUCAGACGUGAUGGAGCACGACUAUCAUUGGACACUGAAAUUCCUUGCAGAGCAUCCGGAUCCAGCGCUUAGUGAAGUAGGCAAAAAGUGGCAGCGUUUGACAAAGGAGGGCAAGUUCGAGCUUUCGCCACUGGAACACUUCUGGACGUCUCCUUACGAAUUCUAUCGCAUGCCGGAGGUGAAUCCGUCACUAUACGAACGCCUAAAGGAAGCUCAACUGGUCAUUUUUAAGGGCGAUCUUAACUAUCGCAAGUUGUUGGGGGACUUCUCCUGGGACAGCACGGAGUCCUUUGAAAAAUGCCUAAGAGGUUUUCGUCCCUCUAACCUUUGCACACUGCGCACGGUAAAAGCGGAUUUGAUCUGCGGACUGGGCGAUGGAGUGGCAGAGAAACUGUUUGCCAAGGAUAAGGAGUGGAUGCUCACCGGUGAAUACGGGGUUAUUCAGUUUGCCAGCAAGUAAAGGACAGAAUCAGUACACGGACAAGGAUUAGUUGAAUUGUUGUAGCCUUAAUUACUAGCUUAAUUGUUGAAUGUAAAGCAGGAAAUCCAAGGGACGGGAAGUUAAUCUACAAAUUUACAGUGAUUUAUUAAAAUUAACGAAGUUAAAUCAGAAA